AUGACCGAAGUCGAAACCGACGUCAUACUUCUAGCUAUAGCCGAAGUCGCAGUCGCAGUCGAAGCCGUGGAAACCAGCACGAUCGUUCGAGACAGCGAUCGUACAGCAGAUCACGGUCCCGUUCACCUUCGAGAUACUACAACAAAGACGUUCAAGAUCGACCGAAUCGUCCUCCCCCAAUUCCUCAACAGCAGCCUCAAGCCCAUUUCCCUCCCAUUCCUCCUCGAGGGGAUUUCCCUCCACUGCCUCCACCACCAGUGGGUUAUCAGGGCCCUUGGCCAGUACCACCGCCUCCUCCGCCCAUGGCACCAGGUUGGUUCCCUCACAAUCCUGCCAUGA